AUGUCAUCGUUAUCUCCCGAUCAAAUCGAGGGAGGCGCCUCUCAGGCCUCGACAGAAGGCACUGACAAGGGUGUCCUCUCUUCCCUGAACCUCAAUUUUUUCAAGAACCUAUCGGACAAAAAGGUCACCCGCACUGGUAAUCCCCCCAAGCGCCGCGGACCAAAGCCAGACAGCAAACCUGCCCUGACUAGGCGACAAGAACUCAACCGGCAAGCUCAACGAACCCACCGCGAGAGAAAGGAGCUAUACAUCAAAGCGCUAGAAGAUGAAGUCAUUAGGUUGAAAGAAGUCUUUAGCACAAUCUCUCUGGACAAGCAGAAGCUGUACGAUGAGAACAAGCAACUCAAAGAGGUCCUAGCCCAGAGGGGUAUUCAGCUCCCAAAGCUGAGCGGUGUAGAUGAUUCGGGCAUCAGUGCUACUCAGGCGAUGAGUGUAAGUGCCUCGGGCAACAGCUUUGCGACCGGCUCCCAGAGUGGCUUCUCGCCUGCCGACAUGUCGCAAUCAACCGGCAUGUCAAUGUCACCGGAGAACCGCCAGCCGUCACCUACUGGAAAUGGGGUUGAUCUUGAGCAGGCUGGUAUUGACUUCGUCUUAACGCUCGAAAAACCUUGCAUGGCACAUAUGCCAUUCCUGGUUGACAGAGCGAGCGACGCUGACGGCGCGCCGUGUGGUCACGCCUUGAUGGCGUCUUGCCCUCCUGCGCCGUUUCAAGAGCUGACCCCAGACACCCCUUUCGGCAGUAAACAUACGCACGACCACGGCGGAGAGUUUGAAACACAGGGUACAUGGGAGCUCACCAAAGCCGACCUAACCACGCUCCUAGACCUCAGCAAACAGCUCAACUUAGAUGGCGAGAUUACUCCGGUCAUGGCAUGGAGAAUGGUUACGUCGCAUUCCAGGUUCAACGAAUUGGCUCCGUGCGAUUUGGAAAAGCUUUCAGAGGAGUUAUUGCGGAAAGUCAGGUGUUAUGGGUUUGGCGCUGUCAUGGAGGAGUUUGAAUUGCGGGAUGCGCUAGAGAAUAUUUUCUCUGGUCGCCCAGAAGCAAUGGUCUUUUGA